AAAGUUUUGGCUAUUGCAAACUCCAUUUCCCGCAUUGUGCAGAUUCGUGUACAUUCCAAAAAUGGCGUGCCUACUCUCCACAAGCUUCACAGUUCCUUUAUGCGUAAACAAGGAACAAGUUCAUCAAUUAGAUUAUGCUCUCACUCUAAGUAAGCUUUCAUGGAAAUCAACGAUUACUACAGCUCAAAAUAUUAUAGGAUCUUGCAGUUGCAGCUCAAAUAAACACAUAUUAUUCAUCGAAGGAAGACGAAGCUGUCAGCAUUGCUUCAUGUCAUUGGCAAGACUUCUACAUGACACAUACUCUUAUAAAUGGAAUGUAAAUUAUUUCACUAAAGUUGUUAUAUCUGGUUAUUGGGUGGGACCUGAUGUUGAUGAUGGUUGGGGAUUUGUGGAAGCUGUUAUUGAUCAAAUAACUUGAUCUUUUAUGUUUUGGGCAAGAAUUGAUUUUGCUUAGUUUAUCAUAGAUGUAGGUGGUAGUGUGGCUCUUGGUAAGCUGACCACUGUUUAUAUUUUUUAGAGGCUCCACAAACUCGUGAGAUUUUUUUUUUUUGUUGGAAAAAUUGAGAUUAUCAUGUAUAAAUUAUCUUCUGGAAAGAGAUAUCUAUCACUUAUUUUUCAACCAUAGUGAAUUGAGGUCAAGCUUAUUUUAUUCA